GUGCGCGCUACAGGGCUCUCCUGCCUGCUGGGCUCCGAUGCAGCUCUGUGGCUGAACUGGGUGCUCACCACCAGAAAUGCUGGGCUAUGGAAUACAGAUGUGGCAGCUCAGGUAGCCCCACGUUGCCUGGAGGAAUACAUCAUGCUUUCCGAUAAGAAGAAAUUGUAGAAGCCAGUUGGGUUUUUUUUUACACCCUAACCCCCCAAAACUGUAAAGAUGCAAAAACAUAAUAUCCAUGAAGAUCCUAUCACCUAGGAAGAUUUUGAUGUUCUGCUGCAAAUGCGGAGUGGGGAUUUAUUUGUUCUUGGAGUGUUCCGCGUGGCUGGCAGAGAAUAAUGUUCCAAAAUCGGUUCAUCUCCCAAGGGGUCCAAUUUUUCUUCCUGGGUGUCAGCGAGCCCUGACUCACUACAGUGCAACUGACAGGGGCUGUCAUGCAAGCGGCCCCUAAGCCAAAGCAAAAGACCUAAGGACGACCUUUGAACAAUACAAAGGAUGGGUUUCAAUGUAAUUAGGCUACUGAGCGGAUCAGCUGUAGCACUGGUUAUAGCCCCCACUGUCUUACUGACAAUGCUUUCUUCUGCCGAACGAGGAUGCCCUAAGGGCUGUAGGUGUGAAGGCAAAAUGGUAUAUUGUGAAUCUCAGAAAUUACAGGAGAUACCCUCAAGUAUAUCUGCUGGUUGCUUAGGUUUGUCCCUUCGCUAUAACAGCCUUCAAAAACUUAAGUACAAUCAAUUUAAAGGGCUCAACCAGCUCACCUGGCUGUACCUUGACCAUAACCAUAUCAGCAAUAUUGAUGAGAAUGCUUUUAAUGGAAUACGCAGACUCAAAGAGUUGAUUCUGAGUUCCAACAGAAUCUCCUAUUUUCUCAACAAUACCUUCAGACCUGUGACAAAUUUACGGAACUUGGACCUGUCCUAUAAUCAGCUGCAUUCUCUGGGAUCUGAACAAUUUCGGGGCUUGAGGAAGCUGCUGAGUUUACAUUUAAGGUCUAACUCCCUAAGAACCAUCCCUGUGCGAAUAUUCCAAGACUGCCGCAACCUGGAACUUUUGGACCUGGGAUAUAACCGGAUCCGAAGUUUAGCCAGGAAUGUCUUUGCUGGCAUGAUCAGACUCAAAGAACUUCACCUGGAGCACAAUCAAUUUUCCAAGCUCAACCUGGCCCUUUUCCCAAGGUUAGUGAGCCUUCAGAACCUGUACUUGCAGUGGAAUAAAAUCAGUGUCAUAGGACAAACCAUGUCCUGGACCUGGAGUUCCUUACAAAGACUCGAUUUAUCAGGCAAUGAGAUUGAAGCUUUUAGUGGACCUAGUGUUUUCCAGUGUGUCCCGAAUCUGCAGCGUCUCAACUUGGAUUCCAACAAGCUCACAUUUAUUGGUCAAGAGAUUUUGGAUUCUUGGAUAUCCCUCAAUGACAUCAGUCUCGCUGGGAAUAUAUGGGAAUGCAGCAGAAAUAUUUGUUCCCUGGUAAACUGGCUGAAAAGUUUUAAAGGGCUGAGGGAGAAUACAAUUAUCUGUGCCAGUCCCAAAGAGCUGCAAGGGGUCAAUGUGAUAGAUGCAGUGAAGAACUACAGCAUCUGUGGCAAAAGUACCACGGAGAGAUUUGAUCUGGCCAGGGCUCUCCCAAAGCCCACGUUCAAGCCCAAGCUCCCCAGGCCGAAGCAUGAGAGCAAACCCCCUCUGCCCCCUACAGUGGGAGCCACGGAGCCUAGCCCAGAGACUGAUGCUGACACGGAACACAUCUCUUUCCAUAAAAUCAUCGCAGGGAGUGUGGCCCUCUUCCUGUCUGUGCUCGUCAUCCUGCUUGUUAUCUACGUGUCAUGGAAGCGAUACCCUGCGAGCAUGAAGCAGCUGCAGCAGCGCUCCCUCAUGCGAAGGCACAGGAAGAAGAAAAGACAGUCUCUAAAACAAAUGACUCCCAGUACCCAGGAAUUUUAUGUAGAUUAUAAACCCACCAACACGGAGACCAGCGAGAUGCUGCUGAAUGGGACGGGACCCUGCACCUAUAACAAAUCGGGCUCCAGGGAGUGUGAGAUACCGUUAUCAAUGAAUGUGUCAACCUUUCUCGCAUACGACCAGCCUACAAUAAGUUACUGUGGGGUGCAUCACGAACUUCUCUCUCAUAAGACCUUCGAAACGAAUGCACAGGAAGACACAAUGGAAACACACCUAGAGACGGAGCUGGACUUGAGCACAAUCACAGCCGCUGGCCGAAUCGGUGACCAUAAACAGCAUCUAGCUUAACUGAGCUCUUCGGUAGCCAAGAGUUGCCACCAAACUUUGUAACCUCAAGGACAAAAAUGAGGAAUAUUUGUUCAUUGUGGACUCUAAAAACAAAACAAAAAAUCCCCUGUUAAAAUAAACAAAAAUCCAAGAUUGAUUCAUGAAAUGAAGAAGACAUGAAUUGUUUCAAGACUACACUUUGUAAUUAGCUAAGUUGUGCAGUAUUUUUUUGACUUAAGAGUAUUUCCCUGGAAAAAAAUCUUUUUUCCCAAAACUCAUCCUACCUAUCUGUAAAAACUGUACAGAGCUAAUGUAUUUUUCAUAUUGUAAAAUUUCAAAAUUAUACAAACAACUGGUAUGUACAGUACCAUAAUUUAAUUACAUUUUAUGUUACAAACUUUACACAUUUCAGUUUCUAAAAUUUUAAAUUAACAAAAAUUAUUUCUUGUGUUAUUCAGAGUCACUCAGUUUUGUAGGGACUGUUUUGUUACCGCUUUUGUGCCCAGAAACCUUGACUCUCCAAUUCUGUGCUGUGAGAAACAUGCACGAUUUUUAUCAUGCUACUACGUAGAAUUUUAUCUACUUGUUCCAGAAAUAAUACAUUAACCAAAAAGGGUUUAAUUGUUGAUGCUUGUUAAGAAGUUCUUCAAUUACAUAGCCAGGUUUUUCUUAUAAAUGGAAAAAAAAUCAAAGAGUUUUUCUAACACUUCUUCACAGACUUAACUGUUGCCUUGAAUUACAGCCUAGUUUCUAAGUAGUGAAAUGUAAUCAUAAAGAGGGAUAUUUUAACAACAUAUUUCCGAAUGAAUGACUCAUUAUUUCAUUCUUUUGAAUAACCUAUUGUUAAGGGUGGGAGGGAAGCAUGGACAAAACAUCACUGGAAACAAAGGCCGUAACCACAGCAACAGACUUUGAAACACUUAAAAGGUACAACUGUCAGUGACAAAGAAAAACUUGUUACAUGUCAGUACUUUUGGGCCAAGGUAGAAGAAUAGAGCAUAAUUGUACAGUAGCAAUUUUUCUCCUAAUUAACCCAAAGUGGUUAACCUAAAAAUAAUCAUUAGUCAGUGCAAAAUGUGCCUGGUUUUUAAGACAACUUCUUAUUUAGAAAUGUGAGGCUAUAUUUUGGGAACAUCUCAAAGAAAAUAUAUGAAUUUUUUAACUUUGUUUGCUACAUCAGUUGUCUCCUGGGAAAGGAGUCUAAACUUCCGCAGCUCAUUCAAUACAGACAUGAGCUGUGGUGGAGAACUCAUUGCUCACGGAGACUGCAGAUAUCCCAAAAUGAUCUAAAUGGUUUAUACUGCAGUCCAUAAAGAGAUUCACUUCCAAAUUAUCUGAAAAAAUAACCUGGAAUAAUUUGAAACCACUUCAGAUCAUAUACUGAUUUUACACUUGUAUUAUAUAGUUAAUUCAAAUCAAAUUAUGAAUACCUGACCUUUUAGAGCCUGAAAUAAUUGUUUCUGGUGUUUGUUUGACAUAGGUUAUUGUUUGAAAAUAUUGGUUACUGUUGAAAAUAUUGCUAAUUUAUCUAUGAUAUUCACACAUUCUUUUGUGUGAUUUUUAAUAUAAAACUACAAGUUUCAAUUGCUGUUGCACUAGAAGGAGCGCUUUUUUAUGUUGUCAUUUAUAAUCAUGACAUCAAAAAUAGGUCAAAAAUAUGUCAAUCUAACAGGGGUCAAACAGUCAAAUACAAUGAAGAAAACAAUUUGUAAAAACCAAUGUCGAAUGUUUAAUUUUUUAUUUCUUCUAAAAAUCAUACCUAUAAAAGUCUAGUUUUAUCAUGACAAAUUUAAGAGCAGCUUCAAGAAGAAUGAACUUUAAAAAUGUACAGCAAAUUUUUAUUAAAAAUAUCCAAAGUCAGAAAGAAAAAAUAUGUUGACAGAAGCAAACUCUCUUACUAAUUUAAAUCAAACUAAAUGUCAUAGUACGUGUGUCAAUUAUUUAACAUCCCAGAUUUUGUGGCAUAUUUUGCAUAAAUUAUUUGCUAUUCAAAAUUUGUUGUCAUUUUA